ACCCGGUCCGUCGUUCGAAUCACCAGCUUCGUCGCUGAGCCGGCGUCUUCUUCCUCCUCGGCUAUCGCCCCCUUCGUUGGAAAGCUCACAAAGUUCCAAUCUUCUCCCUCGCCCAUCCUUUUUCGCGGAAAAAAUUCAUAGUUUUCUCGCAUGGAGCAAUGGAGAGAGUGAGAGCGAGCGAACGAGCUCCAAUAGGGUGAACAUGCACCGUCUGUUCGUCUAGCGCUAACCAUAGGCCCCUGCUGGGAGUGCGGAGGAACCCUAACCCUAGCUCGCGGACGAUCGAGUUUCUCGCCAUUUCCUCCGCCGCAGAUCCGGCCUAGCGUAUCUAUCUUACCUUUCUGAAUCGAUCUGUAGAUCUGUAGCCCUUCGCCGUCGUAGGCCCUCGAUUCUCAUUACCUUGAGUUUCCUUGUGCUGACUUGUCUUAGUUUAGCUGGCUGAGCGGGCAAUUCCACUAUCUUUAGCUCCAAUUUGGUAUCGGAAGCUUAGGAGUCGGUUUGUAUUUGAAAUGCUGGGAGUUGGGUGUAUGCUUUACUGUUGUUGUACGGUUGUAGCGAGGGUUUUGGUUGAUUGCUCAGGCGAGGCUAGAUGGAUACCUUGGUUACGUGGUUUCGGUUUCCGUUUUUAGUGCAAUUAACAUUUUUUUUUUUUGCCUCCUUGCUAUUUGAACUGUUUUGCUAACUAGCAAUUUAUAUGCUCUUUUGAGUUACGACUUCUGACAAAACUUUGAACUGGUUCUGAUAUUGGAAGCUAAACUUGCCAUAUUGUUCUUCUCUUGUAUCCUAAAGCUUCAGCUACUCUGUUCCUCCUUUUCGUGACAUAUUGACAAAAAGAAGGUGGUUCUUUAUCAUGCUAGGAACGAAUCUCAAGAAGGUUCUCUUGUGGGAUUAGUGAGCAGAGGAAAUAUGCUAACUGUGUAACACAAAGAUAAAUGGAGCUUUUAGAAUCCUUAUGAUCUUGAUUCAGGAAAGAGCAUGCAGCAUAAAGGGCAUUGUGGUGCUGUUAUGGGCACCUGUCUAGAAAAAUACAAGUCUGCACGAUCAAAAGUCAUUGUUGUUUUCCUUUCAAGAAGAUGCUCAUGCUUGCUAUAUUUUGCAUCUGAUUUUCAUGAUCAUUCUGAGGGGAAACAAUGCAACUCAUCCACAAAAUUGCAGUUGGCACUAAAUUCAUUUGAAGAUUCCCUCUGAUUCUUUGGUUUUUUGGACUUCUUAUAAAAUUUCUCUGUUGUAGAUCACUGCUUCCUCAAAGAUACCUGCCUUGUGUGACACUUUAUAAUCCAAGACACCAUCUUCUUUAUCUAUAUGCAGUUGUGGCAACAACAAUUGUUAUCUAAGGAGCUCCAACUCCAAGAGCUUCGGAGACGGCACCACCUUCAGCAGUUGGAUCAUGAAGCGAGACAACUGGUUCCACAGAGACAGAUGUCAUUUGUAGGAAAAUCUGCCACAGGAGAUCAGUUAACUGCAAUGCGUAGUGAAAUGUCAAUCAACAAUGCAUAUAACUACAUGUGGACAAAUAAUUUUCCUGGAGACCUGUCCAACUUACCAUCUACCUAUGAGAUGGUUAUUGCUGGCAAUAUGAACUUGGUGCAGCCUAGUCACCCAACAGCUUUACAGAACCUUGGCAAUGGUGAUGGUACACCGAAUGACUGCAGUCGAGCAAUGCGAUCCAUGGGAUUUAUGCCACAGCAGAAUGAUCAUUUUAUUCAUGGCUUGCCUGUUCCAGGCACUAGCAGUUUAGACCAAUACUCUCACUUCUUAGAAUUGUCUAAUAAUUGCAACAAUUUGAUAACUAAUUCAGAUGCAACCGUUGAAGCUAAGUCAUCGAAUCCGUCUACUAUUCAAUCUGGUCCAGAAUCAACUCAACGAGGAUUCUUACACGACAACACAUUGGAUAUACAUAAUCUACAAGACAGAAAUGCAUAUGUAAAAUCUCCUAUGCAAGAUCUAGCUAAUGGUGUUACAGUUGGAAAGUUUCAACAAGCUAGCAAUCUGCAUCUCCAUGAUCAGUUUCAGGAAUUUCAUGGUAGGCAAGAACAAGAUGCUAUGUCUACUAAUUUACAGGGGAAGCAAGUAUCAGAACUUGGGAAUUCGCCAAAUGUUGCUUGUUUAGAUCCAAUGGAACAAAAGCUGUUGUUUGGCACAGAUGCUGAUAAUAACUGGGGAGUUUUAUUUAGUGGAAGCCUAAUGUCUGGCAUGGGUGGAAAUGUGCAUGCACAACAAGUAGAUAAUGAUCAUUAUGGUGCAUUUCCUUCUAUUCAAAGUGGGAGCUGGAGCGCUCUUAUGCAAGAGGCUGUUCAAGCUUCCACUAGCUAUAAAGGGCAGGAAGAGUGGAGUGGGUUGAGUAAAACUGAACCAAUAAGAACACUUUUGUGUGCAACUGAUGAUGGGAAACAAUCAAUUGGCUUGGAUGAUGACAGCUCUUACAAUCAAGUUUCGUUGAUAGCACAACCUUUUGCAACUCCAAGCUCCUUGACUGGCAAUAAUCGUCUUCUCUUGAAGACUGCUCAUGAAGAAAAUAGUACGGCAACAACUGAGGCUUCCCAUGCGUGUCUAAGGUCUUCCUUGCAAGAAACCAAUAGCAAAGAGUUUGGAAAUAGUCAGAAUCAAUCCAGGCUAGUAGAAGGUGGUGUUGAAGUUAGGAUUUCUUCAGCUAGUGAGAAUGAAACCAAACUUAUAGGUGCUAUUCAAGCUAAAAUUCCUUUUUCUAUUGGAAUAUGGGAUGGACAGUCCAUUGAGCAGAACCAUAACACUUCAGAGGACGUUCAGUUAAAGUCACAAGACAAUGGAAAUGGUAAUCUUGGCCAACAGAACUUGCUCUUAUCCAAUGUUUCUUUUCAGCCUGUCAAUAGCUUAGGUCGCUGGAUUUCUAGUCAUGCAAUGGAAUCGAGAGGUGACACUCCUUCAAGUUAUGAUAGGAUCCCUGAAAAUCAUGUUGAUCAGGAUGCUGAAACACAAUUUGUCAAACCAAAUAUUGCUUGUCUCAAGAUGCAAUCAGAAGAUUCAUUAGCAGGAAAUUUAGGGUCUGUUAGGCACCCAAAUUCCCUAAAAUUGAAACAAAACAUGCAUCAACAAGUUAUGGAUGAACAAAAAUCUGUUUUUGGAAGAAGUUUUGCCUGCAAUAUGUAUGUGACUUCUGACGUUGUCAAAGAUGAUGAAGAAAAUCAGACUCAUAGUGAUUUGUCAACUACUCCUGCAGCAGAAGUAUUGAGCCAUAACUUUGGAAGCCAGAAUUCAAUUCAUCAUGGCCAACUUUCAAUGGGACCUAACAUCUUUCAGAACUCAGCUGGUAAUUUGAAGAGGAAAGCUGAGCCUUCUUUCCAACCAAAUCACCAUUUAAACUUACAAAGUCUACCCAACUCAGUUUUCAGUGGAUCAAAUAACAUAGGCCAAUCAUUCAAUGGGAAUUCACAUUUUGCUGGUCAUGUUGUUGGCAACAAUCCAAAUGACACUAGUGAGGGGGUUCGAGUGGAAGCUGAGCAGCCAUCUAUAGAUGCAAGACCUCUCCACCCCUCUAGCAGUUCUUAUGAUGAAUCAAGAGCUCAAUAUACACAGAAUCAAACCAUUUCUCAAGCAAGCAAUAAUAUGCUUGAGCUUCUUUACAAGGUUGAUCAGUCAAGGAAUGAGAAUUCUGUGAAUGCAUCUGAUAAGGCCAUACUAGUUGUUGCCGAUGUUCCUGCUGCCAGAGUUCACUCUGAUUGCUCUUCUAACUCAAGAGGGUUUGGAUUGCAUCUGGCUCCUCCAUCUCAGAGGCAAUCACUGCCUGACAAAGACCCAAUUUAUCAGAAUCUCUUGAAUGGUGAUAUGCUUGGACAAUCAGGCUAUGUAGAGGCUGGAUAUCAGGAUCAGUCGCAGUCUAGUCAUACUUCUUUAGGUCAACCUUUGCCUCCCCUUGAUGAAGCAUCUGAAACAGCUAAUGGGCAUAAGAUUUCCAGCCUACCAAGAGAACAAGAGAAUGAACACUUGGAAGCAAACAAGUAUUUUAACUCAUCAUCAGUCACUGCUUCUGAUUUUCCUUUAGCACAAAAUCAUCAGCAAGAGCAUCUCCAAUUUCCGCAACAAGAUCGUUCUGGUGUACAAGGUCGCCUACAGCAGCAGCAAGGUCAUAUUUCUAACAGAAACCAAGAUAACGAAGGUGCACUCAUGAAGCAGCCAGAAGAUUCUAAUAAUACAGCUGUAGCUGGCGAAUCUUUUCAGGCAUUGCCUAUUUUGUCUAGUAGAUUUUCAGCUUCUGGAGUUGCUUCCAAUGCUCAAAAUCAUAUAACUUGUGGUUCACAAUUUUUCUCUGGAAGGGCAGAUCACAUGAAACCAACAUUUGCAGAAUUUUCUCAAAUUACAAGUUUUGGCCAUCGAUUACCCUCUGUAGACACAAAACAAGUUUUACAAUCUUCAGAAUCAGUUAUGUCUAACCAAGCUGGCUUCUCAAAGCUGCAUAAUGUGUGGACGACUAUAUCAGCUCAACGACGUCAAGCUGGCAUCACUCCUAUACUUGCUCCAAAUGUACUUCAGUCCAUAAUAAAUCAUGGAAGGGAUAGGAGUUCGUGGGGCAUGCCAAAGGCUCACAGUCAAUUGAACAAGGAAGAAAGUGCUCCUGAACUUAGCACUUGUUCUUCAAACUCACGGAAAGAAGAGAAUUCAGCUCAUGUCAAAUCCUCAAAUAUACUCGAAGAGAAGAUGGAUGUUGUUUCAAGGGCAAGUAAUAUGUUCCAAGGGGAAGAAACAGCAACCUUAGAUGGAGGUUCUAGCGUUUCAGUAUCAUCUCUUGUCUCUCUGCAUCAGCAGGAUGUUAACAAGGCUAAACAUGAACACAAUCUAGCUCUUAGAUCUCAAGACUUGCUUUCUUCUCUAACAAGUGUUAUUUCUUUUAGGAGCAGUGGCAUUUGUGAACACAUGCCAAAGCCCUCAGAUGGUCAGCAGAAAAACUAUUCCUUUCUCCAUCAAAUACAGUCCACAAAGGCUUCUGAUUCUGAUAUGAACACAUUGGCAGAAAACAUGCUGAGAGGAACAUCUUUUAAUACUCCACAAAUGAACUUAAAUGUAAAUCAGAGAUUUAAUCACAGGGAUAAUCCACAUUCUAGAUAUCUCCCUGAUGUUAAAGUUGUGGAAGCUUCUUAUGUUUCAGAUGCCCAAAUGUUAAACUCUAACUCAAAUGUCCAUAAAGACAAAGAUCCUAGAACAUCAACAGCAGGACAGGAUGACCUUCAAACACAUAUUCAUCCCCUCUGCACAAAUUCUACAGCUACUGCAUCGGGGGGUAAUGAUUGCACACGCAUUAGUCCUCACAUUGUUCCUACCUUGUUUGAGCAUUAUGGAAUCUACCAAAAUGGCAAGAUGGUUGCUCUUUAUGAUGCUCAAAAGAGUGUAACCACUUCAACACAGCAGUACUCACUCCAAAAUGUUACUGCAGGGAUGGAAGAUAGUGUUAUAGUCGAACAAAGACUUGAUAACAUCCAUGCUGGUGGUUACAGGGAAGGUACAUUGUCCUCCAAGAUAUCACCCAAUGAAUCAUCACCCUUGUUACCAAACACCAGUGACCAUGGUGCAAUUUUAAGACCAAAGAAACGUAAAGGUGUGACAAUGGAUAUGCCUUGGCAUAAGAUUGUCACUGAAUCCCUACAGAGCUUGGAAAGCAUAAGUAUGGCAGAGUUGGCUUGGAAUCUGUCUGCUGAUAGAUUGAUGGAGAAGGUAGAUGAUGAAGCUGAAGCUGUGGAAGAUGGUCCAUCAUUUCCUCAUUCGCGAAGAAGGCUAAUCCUGACAACUCAGCUGAUGCAGCAACUUGUUCCAGCUUUACCAUCUGAAUUGCUGAACAGAAAGGCAACUUCAGCUUAUCAAAGUUUGUCUUUUGUUGUAGCUAAAUCAGCACUCGCAGAUGGAUGUAGCAUAGUUCCUUCCUCAAAAAAUGAUUGGCAUGAACCGUUGGUAAAGCAAAAUAUGAUGCUUGGACAGCUUGGGACUUCAAACAAGUUCACAGAGGAUUCUGUUACAAAAUUUAAUAAACUUCAAGCUGAUUUCUCAAGGAUGGAGAAGGAAACUUUUCUAUUAGAUGUACGGUUGGAAUGUCAAGAAUUAGAGAGGUUCUCCAUAGUCAAUAGGUUGGCAAAGUUUCAUGGUCGAACUCAUCCUGAUGCAGUCGAAGUUUCUGCCUCUGGAACUGUCCCUCGCAGAACCUUUGCACAGAGACACAUCACCGCACUUUCCAUGCAAGGAAAUCUUCCAGACGGGGUAAUGUGUUUGUCACUCUAGGUCAGUGAUAAUUUCUCCUUGCCAAAAUGGCAAAAAGCCCCACCAAUUGUCCAUGAUCAUUCAAGCACUCCCCAAGUGAAAAGUAUUAGAUAACACUUCGCAUCUGAUCCACCAACGCCCAGUUGAACACGAGUCGAGGGGGCAGGUAGUCAUUAUUCUGAUUCAACUACCUCGUAGGGGUGUUGCAUUUGAAACAGCAUUGAUUCUUGAUGUUUAAUGCUUCAUUAAAUAUAGGUAUUUGUAUAUCAAUGAAGAAGAAAGAAAGAAAGAGUAGGUCUUCAUUUUCGAACAGGGGAUGAGUAUUAGUAUGAUUACAUAUUUUAAAUUGAAAUAAACUUCAGAAUUAGGGCUCUUCCCUUCUAAAGGAGAAGUAAAACAAAAUAAAACAUCUUUGUCGUCCUUGGCAAUUAGUUGUAAAUCUUGGUUUCUUCAGAUCUUGUCAGUUUUCAUGCUAAAGCCUUUUUGGAAGAUAGUAUCUACAAUUUCAGCUACGAUAGCUGUAUAUCUUUGUUCAGAUGGUGCUAUUUUUAUGAGGUUUUUAUUCAUUCAGUUGAUCUCGAGGUAGUUCAGGAUCAAUAUCAUCAGGAUGUAACCCUAGUGCAACGAUAUGAUUUUUCAUUCGACCAUUGUACAAUUCAAUGCAUUUACAAACGCACUUGAGGAGUACGCUGCUACUUAUUUUUUUGGGAGUAGAUGACAUUGUUGAUCUGUUACCAGUUAAAUUGGGCAACAUUCCAUGGCCAAGGAGGGUGCUGAGGUAAUAAUACUAAACUGGACAUGAAGUUCAUUACAGUUAUUUAGAUUUUUAACAUCAAGUCAAUAGUUUUGAAGUAUUGUUAUGGGGAAUUAAUUCAGUCAUUUGACUUUAAAGUUACCUUCUGUUUUUUUAGUUACCAGCCCAUAUCUCCUCCUGUAGUCUGAUCAUCCCAUGCAUCAUGGCAUUUAUUUUUGCAGUUUCUCUCUUUUAGCUCUGUAUCUAUCUAUCUGUAUAUAGAGAGAGAAAAGGACGAUGAUCUGUUUUCUUCGCUGC